AUGGGGACUUCGAAGAGUUCGUUGUACGUCCUACUGGUCCUUGUGGCACUUGCAAGUGCAUUUUGGACCCGUUUCGGAUUUGCUGGGGCGCACACAGGGAAAGCUCCAGUUCCACUUUGCAGAACGAGCCACGCAAACUCCAAGCUGCCGGAUGCUUCGACCGGACGAGGGCAGCUUGCAUGCUUUCCGCUUGACCUGCUGCAAGCUGGUCGCUCCAUGGCUGAGAAUGCUGUCUGCAUGAGACAGGGCGAGCAGUACUCACAUGUAUAUGUCAUUCGAAGCUUCGGGCGAGCGGAUUCCUUCAGGCAGAUGACAUGCGGUAUUUUAGAGAAGUUGCUGCCCUGUCUUGGCUGCUCCUUCUUGGCUCUGGCAGCAGACGAUCCAGAGCUGGAGAAGUAUCGCGAGAAUGCAGGACCAUGGAAAGACCGAAUCCUUAUCGGUGUCAGAGGAGCCGAGCGGCAAGUGGCUUUUGUCGACCAGAUCAUGCCAAAAGGCACGCGGGUCAUGAUGCUGGACGACAAUAUCCUGAAGUUCAUGGAUCGCGGCAAGACUCUUAAAUCUGGGCUGGACGAUCUCGUGGGAUUGGGCUUUCAGCGCAUGAAGCGCGCGGGUGCAUCUAUCUGGUCAGUCAGCGACUCACCCAACCCUGCACACUGGAGUGACGAGGUGGAUGUGGGCAUUGGGCUUGUGUAUGGGGCGGCGUUUGGCAUGGUGGCAAGCCACGAGGAGUCUCGGUACUCGCAGUUCGGGCAGGUGCUGGAUGAUGUGGAGCGGUCCUGCCGAUUCUAUGAGCAAGACGGCGUGACGGUGCGGUUGGGCCGACUUCAGGUGUACAAGAGGCAUGCCCCCGGCAUCUUCCAUGCAGACAAGGGUGGCAUCUCUGCCGGUCUCUCUGCGGAGGCCUUUGCAGCCGAAGCGGCGCAGGCAAGGUCGGCUUUACUCCAGCGCUUCCCCCAGCUGCCGCUUGGACGUCAAAGUGCACUGGCCCGUUCAUCGCCUCUACUCCAGCACAACAGGCUCGAAGUGACCACCACGAAGCUUGGCCUUCGAUUUCGGCAUGGAAACAGAAGCAGGGCUUCCUCCUUUAUUCUGUGA